UUGCUAGGACUUUUAUUUUGGAGAGAAUAUCCGGUGUUGUAGCUGACGUUAGUUUCACAGUUCUGAGGUUAUUCAGCUAACUCAAGAUGAUUUUAAGUGGAUUUUACAGAGUGUCAAAUCUUCUGAAGUCCAACAGUAAGUUGUGUAGGGUGUGGACGAGAAAUGUAAAGUCUGAAUCUUCAUCUCUGACUCUGAGACAACAGCAGAACGGAAUCAGGAGGAUUAUUUUGAAUAAUCCUAAAAAGAGGAAUGCUUUGUCUCUACCCAUGCUGGAAUCUCUGAGAGAAAACAUCCUGAUAGACUCUGAGAGUGAAGACCUGCGUGUGAUCAUUAUAUCAGCUCAGGGUCCAGUGUUUUCGUCAGGUCAUGAUCUGAAGGAGUUAACCUCCACACAGGGUCAAGAGUACCACAGCAAGGUGUUUCACACAUGUACAGAGGUCAUGAAUCUGAUUCAGGAUAUUCCAGUGCCAAUCAUUGCUAUGGUCAAUGGGGUCGCCACUGCUGCAGGUUGCCAGUUAGUUGCCAGCUGUGAUAUUGCCGUAGCAACAGAUAAAUCGACUUUUGCCACUCCUGGAGUUAACGUGGGUCUGUUCUGCUCCACCCCGGGCGUGGCGUUAGGGCGAGCUGUACCUAGAAAGGUUGCCAUGGAGAUGUUAUUCACGGGUCGACCCAUCUCGGCUCAUGACGCCCUGCUGCAUGGGCUGAUCAGUAAGGUGGUAAGAGAGGAGCGGUUAGAGGAAGAGACGCUGGCCGUGGCCAGACGGGUGUGCGAGUCCAGCCGACCUGUGGUCGCUCUGGGUAAAGCAGCGUUUUACAAGCAGAUGUCUCAGGGUCGAGAUGCAGCGUACGCAUCUGCCUGCGCUGCAAUGCUGGAGAAUCUGACGCUUCGGGAUGGGCAAGAGGGAAUCAGGGCAUUCCUGGAAAAACGACACCCGGUCUGGAGCAACAGCCCUGAGAAAGUCAACACGUGAUUUAACGCUACACGGCCAACAAACCGUUUAAUCUCAAAAGAAACACUUUAACUGUAUAAAAACUGCUAGAAGGAUUUAUUUUGUGCUACAAAAUUUGUCCCAUUCAGUGUUUAAAGUAAAAUAUUUCUGAUG